ACACUAUACAACCAGCCUCGACCUAGCAUUGAAGCUUGAAGCUCCAUCUCGCCUUUUAAUACUCCUUACUGCCAUCCACAACACCCACAGUCUCUACAGCACAGCAUUGUACAGCAUCAAAAUGUCUCACGCCAGCGCACCCACCACUCCGAAGAGCAAGCCGCUUGCUGAACAGAGCGCGACGUUCUCAGCCCCUGUGUCGAAAACGUCUCCACUGGCGUUCAAGUGGCGCCUGCGAUCCCAGUCUAACGCGUCCCCACCCUUGUCAUCGAAACCGCCGCAACUCGACCUGUUCGCCUCCGGGAGCUAUGUGAUGAGCGGGCUGUGGAAUGCUCAAGAAGCUCUGAACAACUCACCAAGUCCAUCGCCGCCGCCAGGAGGCUUCCUCGCCAUGCACACAUCGCCGCGAAACGCCUCCGGGCCCAUCCGAAUCGAUACCGCGACCUCCCCAGAGUCAUCGCAAGGCAAAUCACCCUGGCAGACGAACCCGCACUCGAAUAACACCAAAACCUCCCAAUUUAUCGACAAACUACAAGCCGAGAAUGACCGCUUACGACGGGAUCUGACGGCUGAGAAGUUGGCGCGGGAGGAGGACUUGAGGAGGUUAGGCGCUGCCAAAGCGAAGGCCGAGGACUCGCGGACAGAACACCAGCAUCUCCAGGUGUUAGCCGAUACUAACGCCAGAGCGCUAGAGCGCAAAGACCGGAAGCUUGAAGAGCUCAAAGCUACGCUGGAGGCCGAGCAAAGACGUCGCAUCGCCGCCGAGGAGCGUGAGGCCGAGAUGAGCAGGAUUCUCGGAGAGACGCGCUCUGAGACACAACGGGAACUGGCGAAGGCCGUGACGCUCCAACAACAAGCCGAGACACACGCAGAGGCUGCCCAGUCUGGUUUCAAGCGCAUCCAGGACUCCUACGAGCACAAGGUGCGGAGCAUGGCGAAGGACUUGGCCGCGCUGAAGAAGCAACGCGCCGACGAUGCCGCGAAAAUCAAGAAACAGGCCAUCGUCGGCGACCAAUUAGCCCAAGAGUGCGAGAAAGCUCUCAGGUCCGAGCACAGCAUGACGGAUUUGCUCGCAGCCUACAGGAAAGAGCACGAGCAGGGCUUGGAAGCGUUGGUGGCGGAAGCGCGACAACUUCGAAUCGCUGUCCCAACUAAAGAAGCUGCUGCAGAUGGUCUGGUCGAGGAGAUGAGGCAAAUUGCCGACAAGAUGAAGUGGGUAAUGACCCAGAAGAAGUAUCAAGAGCAGAAGCAUUGAGCGUUGGCCAAGCGUUGCACUUUCGAGCGAGUGUUGAAAGAGGGUUGAAUGUUUGAAUAUUACACGACAUAAUGAACUUGGGAUAGAUCGAAUCGCAUAAGGGACCACCUGUACAGUAAUCGCAAACGG